AUGCUGGGUGUGGACUGGAACCACGGACUUCGCAGUCAGUGCCUAACUGCCCUGCCACCAGAAGAAAGCACGAUGGCUGGGAUACUACCAGGUUGCCCAAGUCUAUACAAGGGAAGUAGAGAGGCAGAGGUCGGGUUCGAACCACGGACCUUCCGAUCAUCCAGCCGUAUCUAUCUAUCUGCCUAUCUGCCUCAUCACCCGGAGGAAGCACAAGGGCUAAGAUACUGUCACGGUGCCCAAGGAGCAGUUGAGAUACCGAGUUCGGAUUCGAACCAAGGACCUUCCGGUCAACUCGGUAACAAGGAACACAACAUAACGGAAACUACUCACAAGAUUGCUGAAAACUCUUCGAUAGCCCACGACCGGUUUCGCCCUUCUUGGGGCUCAUCAGGUGGGCUCAGUCCUCGAGUUUCCGUCAACCUUAUGUUCUACUUGGACCCAACCUUGUGA